UUAAUACUAAUGUACUUUAAUUUUUGCACUUUCCCAUUUAGACUUUGGAUUUAUAAAAUCGCUGAUGCUGCUGUAACUGUUCCAAGCUCUUCUGUUGGAUUACCCAUGAUGCUGCUUGCAUUGAGAUCCUCGCAGAACUCUUUACUCUACAAAUCAUGUAAAUCGUCCCUCAGUGGGCUGCUGGGAAAUGUAGUCUGCAGAACUUUGACUACAGGUACUACCUCACUCAAAGAAAGAGUCGCUCCAGUUUUCACAAAAGCCCCGGCGUACGACAACAAGACGGCGAUCGUAGACGAGAGCGGACGGCACAGUUAUGCCUCCCUGUAUCGCAGCAGCGUGGGAUUAGCAUCAUGCAUCCACCAAACGUUAGCCCCCCAUUCAGGGGAUCUACAGGGCGAGCGUGUUUCCUUUCUGUGCGCCAAUGAUGCGUCCUACACCGUGGCCCAGUGGGCGACCUGGAUGUGCGGCGGGACUGCCGUGCCGCUCUACAAGAAACACCCGGCGUCCGAACUGGAGUACAUCGUCUCGGAUUCUCAGAGCUCGCUGCUGCUGGCGGGUGAGCCUUACGGUGCCGCGCUGGAGCCCCUGGCACAGAAACUCCAACUGCCGUGUAUAAAUCUCCCUCCUACCGCCAACCUGGAUAGUCUGUGUGAUGAAGAAUCGCAACGGCUGUCUGGAGAGGAGAUUUCUGAUUGGACAGAGAGGCCGGCUAUGAUUAUUUACACCAGCGGGACGACGGGGCGGCCGAAGGGGGUCCUGCACACACACAGCAGCUUACAGGCCAUGGUCCAGGCGCUGGUGAGCGAGUGGGCGUGGAGCAAAGACGAUGUGAUCCUGCACACCCUCCCCCUUCAUCACGUGCACGGCGUGGUAAAUAAGCUCCUGUGCCCCCUGUGGGUGGGUGCCACCUGCAUCAUGCUGCCCGACUUCAGCCCUCAAAAGGUAUGGGAGCACUUAUUAAGUUCCAGUUCUCCCACAGUGAACGUGUUCAUGGCCGUUCCUACUAUCUACUCCAAACUCAUCCAGCACUACGACCAGCACUUUACCCAGCCGCACGUGCAGGACUUCAUCAGAGCUGUGUGUAAAGAGAGGAUCAGGUUGAUGGUUUCCGGAUCGGCCGCUCUCCCCAAGCCUGUUCUGGAGCGAUGGAACAAGAUUACCUCUCACGUGCUGCUGGAGCGCUACGGGAUGACCGAGAUCGGCAUGGCGCUGUCCAACCCUCUGAACGGAUCCCGAGUACCUGGAGCAGUGGGUACCCCCCUCCCCGGAGUCGAAGUGCGAAUUGUCAUGUCAAACUCGACCCUGACGACCAUCGCGGAGGGAAACAGCAAGCAGACUAGGGUAAAGCCUGGUUUGGAGGGGAGGGAGGGGGAGCUGCAGGUUCGAGGGUCGUCUGUGUUCCAGGAGUACUGGAACAGACCUCAGGAGACGCAGGACAGCUUCACAGAGGAUGGCUGGUUCAAAACGGGCGACACGGCGACCUACAAAGACGGCGUCUACUGGAUCAUGGGUCGGACGUCUGUGGAUAUCAUCAAAAGCGGCGGCUACAAGAUCAGCGCUCUCGACGUGGAGCGCCACCUGCUGGCCCACCCUGACAUCACAGAUGUGGCUGUGAUCGGGGCGCGGGACGCCACCUGGGGGCAGAAAGUGGUAGCCAUUGUACAGCUGCAGAAGGGCAAAUCUCUCAGUCUUCCCCAGCUGAAAACCUGGGCCAGAGAGCACAUGGCGCCGUACAUCAUUCCGGCUGGACUUAUUGUGGUGGACGAGAUGCCCAGAAACCAGCUGGGCAAAGUGAACAAGAAAGACCUGCUGCGCCGCUUCUUCCCCGGCUGAGAGCCCAGAGCCGGCGUUCUCGACCCUGAGGUCACGCGGUAAACGCUACGUCUGUGCAGACUGAGAAAGAAAGAAAUGGAAGGGGUUCCUAUCUCGCACCAAGUGUUUCUGGGUGGAACCGGACGAUAAAAAUGAAUGAAACAAAAAUAAAUUAAUUAAUAAAAUAAGUGAGUGGAUCAUCGGGCAGCUGUAAUAACGUAUUAUUGUCAAUUUACAGUCACAAAAUAUUUAUAGCUAAAUUAUACAUUUAUUUUACUAGCAAAUGUUUGAACUCAUGCUUUAGUGCUUUAGUGUUUUUGUAUUAUAUACAUUUCUAUACGUUUCACAAU